UGUGGGACAUCCCGGAGUAUAAAAAGAGGAAACCCUCUCCACAAAGACACGACUGACCAAGAAGGUGAGACAGCUAAAAAAAAAGCUCCUGAAAACAACCAACAGAGAAACCUCGACUGAUGAGGCCAAACUGACUGCUCUCUGCUCCUAACGAACUCUUAAAGGCUAGUUCACUCCUAGACCUGCUCUUUGCCUUUUCUUUUCUCUGUCUGUCACCUCGCUCUCGCUCCAGACUCCUCCGCCAUGCCUCCUCAGCUCCAGUCCCAGAACCAGAACAGUCCCAGGAUCCUGCAGGGCGAUCUCAGCGCCCUCAGCCCAGCCGUCAGGGAGUUCGUGGAUGCAAAUGUGACUCUGUGCCAGCCCGACUCCAUUCACAUCUGUGACGGCUCUGACGAGGAGAACCGCACUAUUCUUACCCAGCUGGAGGAGCAAGGGAUGAUCAAGAAGCUCAACAAAUAUGAGAACUGCUGGUUGGCCAGAACCGACCCGAGGGACGUGGCUCGUGUGGAGAGUAAGACUGUCAUCGUUACUGAGGACCAGAGGGACACGGUGCCAACACCUGUAGGGGGCGGCGUCAGUCAGCUCGGCCGCUGGAUGUCCCAAGAAGAGUUCGACAAAGCCAUGGGUCAGAGGUUCCCCGGCUGCAUGAAAGGUCGCACCAUGUAUGUGAUUCCCUUCAGUAUGGGUCCAGUCGGUUCCCCUCUCUCUAAGAUUGGAGUGGAGCUGACAGACUCUCCCUACGUGGUCGUCAGUAUGAGGGUGAUGACCCGUAUGGGGACUGCUGUGCUGUCCGCUCUGGGAACUGGAGAGUUCGUCCGCUGCCUGCACUCCGUUGGCUGUCCUCUGCCACUCAAAAAGCCCCUGGUGAACAACUGGCCCUGUAACCCCGACCAGACGUUAAUCGCCCACAUCCCAGACUGCAGGCAGAUCGUGUCAUUUGGCAGCGGUUAUGGAGGAAAUUCCCUGCUGGGGAAGAAAUGCUUUGCUCUGAGAAUUGCCUCACGAAUCGCCAAGGAGGAGGGCUGGCUGGCAGAGCACAUGCUGAUCCUGGGUAUCACUAACCCUGCUGGAGAGAAGAAGUACAUGGCUGCAGCCUUUCCCAGCGCCUGCGGAAAAACAAAUCUGGCCAUGCUUUGCCCAACGCUGCCCGGCUGGAAGGUGGAGUGUGUGGGAGACGACAUUGCCUGGAUGAAGUUUGACAAGCAAGGCAACCUACGCGCCAUCAACCCAGAGAAUGGCUUCUUCGGGGUCGCGCCAGGCACCUCGGCCAAAACAAACCCCAACGCAAUGGAUACCAUUGUGAAGAACACAGUUUUCACCAACGUUGCAGAGACCAGCGAUGGCGGUGUGUACUGGGAGGGAAUGGACCAGGCACUGCCUGAGGGAGUCAGCAUUACGUCUUGGAAGAACAAGCCCUGGAGCUCCCAAGAUGGUGAACCCUGUGCUCACCCCAACUCACGUUUCUGCACUCCGGCCGAUCAAUGUCCCAUCAUCGACCCACAGUGGGAAUCCCCAGAAGGAGUCCCAGUUGAGGCCAUCAUUUUUGGAGGGCGCAGACCAGAAGGAGUCCCUCUGGUUUAUGAGGCUUUCAGCUGGCAGCAUGGAGUGUUUGUCGGAGCAGCAAUGAGGUCAGAAGCCACCGCUGCUGCUGAGCACAAAGGCAAGGUGAUCAUGAAUGACCCGUUCGCCAUGCGUCCCUUCUUCGGCUACAACUUCGGACAGUACCUCUCUCACUGGUUGAGCAUGGCCGACCGACCCGGCGCAAAACUCCCAAAGAUCUUUCACGUCAACUGGUUCCGCAAGAGCCCCACCGCCGGAUUCCUCUGGCCCGGUUUCGGCGACAACAUCCGUGUGUUGGACUGGAUGUUCAGGCGAGUGAACGGUGUGGCCGGCGCAAUGCCCUCAGCCGUGGGCUACCUGCCUUGCAGCGAAUCCCUUAACCUCCAGGGCCUGCAGCAGGACGUGGACCUUGAUGAGCUGUUCUCCCUGGAUCAGGAGUUCUGGCAGCGGGAGGUGGAGGAGGUGAGGAAUUACUUCACCACGCAGGUGAACGACGACCUGCCCAACGAGGUGGCCCGGCAGCUGGAGCUCCUGCAGCAGAGGGUGAAACAGAUGUAAAGGCAGAGAUAUGAAGAAAGAAAGAAAAAUGUAAAGCAUUGUAAUAUUUAUUUUCUAAUUAUGCUUCAUGUUAGUGAUUGUACAACUGCAAGUUUCUAACUCCCGAACAUUAGUUCUUUUAGAACAAACCUGAAAUUAAAGUUGAUAAUGUGAGCAAUCCUGUAACACCUCGUCACUGUUGACCUCAAAUUGUUUAAAAAUAAAUCCUUAAUUUGAGAUUUAGCUUCAUAGCUUCGGCAAAGAGGGACAACUAUCCUCUAAUAACUUGUGUGAAAUUGUCCUUUGGCCAUUUUAGGCUCAGGAUGUCGACAUGAAUGUUUCUUUUCCUGCCGUCUUAGCAGGUCCUUUAUCUUGUUCAAACUAUCAUUCAAAUGAAGUUUCAGACUACAUGUCUGAAUUUUACUAUUUUACAAUAACUUAUUACGAAUGCACGUCAUACUGCCAUAUGCGUUUAUGUGGCACAGAGAGAGUCAACGAGUCCAGUGUUGUUUUACCUCAUGAAAAUUUGGGGGAAAUGAAUGUUGUCUGUUCGUAUAGUUUAUUGUGUUGCCUUAAUUUAUUUUUAUACACUGUGAGUAUCUGUUGGUUUGUGUUGUUGUAAUCUUGAACCCCCAAAGAGGGGGCAGAAAAUAAAGGUAUUUAAACACA